AUAUCUGAAGAAAUAGCCUCAAGAUGAACUUCUUCCUGGAAACGUUGAAAGUCAUCGGACUUUCUGUGUAUUACUUGCUGCAGUCGCUAGUGUUCUUGGUCGUGCCUAAACGGAAGAAGAAUGUUAGUGGUGAAAUAGUAUUAAUAACAGGAGCGGGAAGUGGCAUUGGAAGACUUUUAUCUUUAAAGUUUGCCAGCCUUGGAGCCACAGUGGUUCUUUGGGACAUUAACCAAGAGGGGCUCAAGGAGACAAGUCAACUGGCCAGAAAGAACGGAGCAGUGAGAGUACACUGUUACGUCUGCGACUGCAGCAAAAGGCAGGACGUCUACAGAGUAGCUGAUCAGGUUAAAAAAGAAGUUGGCGACGUUAGCAUCCUGGUCAACAACGCUGGUAUUGUAACUGGGAAGAGCUUUAUUGAUUCUCCAGAUUCACUUGUGGAAAAAACCAUGGAAGUGAACCUAAUGGCACACUUCUGGACUUACAAAGCCUUCCUCCCAGCGAUGAUAGCCUCCAACCACGGGCACUUGGUUAGUAUUGCAAGCUCAGCGGGACUGGUGGGAGUCAAUCGACUUUCAGAUUACUGUGCAAGUAAAUUUGCAGCAGUUGGUUUCGCAGAGUCAGUUGAUUUAGAGAUGAGAGAUGUGGGAAAGACUGGUGUUAAAACCACGAUUGUGUGUCCUUACUUCAUAAACACAGGCAUGUUCGAUGGCUGUAGAACCAUUUGGCCAACUCUGCUUCCCACUCUGGAGCCAGAGUAUGUGGCUGAGAAGAUAAUCACUGCUAUUCGGCGGGAUCAAGAAAUACUGGUGCUACCACGCAGUCUUUCUUUCAUAUUAGCUUGGAAAAACAUCCUACCAGUGAAAGUGAGGGUUCUCUUUUUGAACUAUCUGGGAGUCUUCCGUGUCAUGGAUAGCUUCAAAGGUCGAGCAAGGAAAGACUGA